UUGCAGUGGUGUACCUCAGUUCAUAACAUGUCUGCUGCUUUUACUGCUGACGUUCGAAGUGACAUCUUGUGUCGGUCUCAGGGAAGUACCGAUGCCGGGAGGGUGGAUGAAGCAGGACCCAAAUGCCACAACGUUUGUUGAAGCAGCACAGUUCGCCGAACGGAAGGUUGCGUUGAUAGGUGGUCCUCGAUACCGUGUGUCCCAGGUCCUCUCCGCGUGGACGCAGGUCGUGAAUGGCAUCAACUACAAAGUGCUUUACGUGAGGGUGCGAAAGUGCAGACCAGAUGAAGAUUUGACCAUCUGCGACGAGAAUGAGCCCCCGGAAAAUUGCCUGGCCAUUCUUUACGCAUCGCCAUACAACUCUGAAAGGGAUCUGAUUAAGCAUUCAUGUUUUCAGAUGGGCGGUGGCGGCCGCUAG